AGAAUGCGAGGUUAGACUGCAAUUGAUCAGUCUCUUAUUGGUAUAUAUGCAUCCUGUGAGGAUUGCCUCGAUAUUGUAAUACCCUAUAAAUAUUUAGCAGUUUCUGAUAACAUGGCAUUCAAUUAAUUAAUUAACUACAACUCUAAAAUAAAGUUUAACAAUCUUCUACACAAACGAAACUUUCUAAAGAUAACUAACAUUUAUAUGUCAUAUUGUAAUAUGUGCUACUUGUACGGACAGAUAUAAGUAGUAUGUAUCAGGAAUUAAAAGUAGAAUUCUUACGAACAGAAUAAAAGAAAAAGGAAAACAGAAAUCAAUAAAAUAACGACAGGAAUGAAAGAAUGUUAAAGUUUAUAAGGGACAACUCAAAGAAAAUGAACAAAUAGUAUAGUUAACGUGUUGUUCUCAUAUUUCAUAAAUGCAGUGUGUGAUUUUGUGUAAUACAACAAAUUGAUUGACCCUUCCUAAGUCUCCACUCAUUACAAUUUAUAGAAAAUUAACGUUAAUAUAAUAAAUUUAAGAAGAGUUCGACAUGAAAUGUGUUUAAUCUACCAACAAUUUGCCCAGUGUACAUUAUAUGAAAAUGAUGAAGAAAAAUUAAAUCAGGCAAUUUAUCAAUUGAAAAGUGAUUUAGAAAACUUCAACUGGAAAUUAGAAAGAUCCUAUCGUUAUAAAAUGAAAAUUAGUUUAUUGCCAAAUUUCCCAGAAAAUCUUACACAUUGUAAUGUGGAGUUAUUCAAUCGAAUUAAUGAACUAUGUAGUGUUUUAAUCAAAACGUCGGAUAAUCUGCAGAAUAAUAUCCUGUCCUAUACAAAAAAUCUUUUGGAAUACAAGUCAGAUUUUUUAAGCGCAGCUCAAUUUAGAUUCAUACAACCAAUAGACUUACAAAUAGAUGAUUCUCUAAAAGAUGACUCAAUAAUCAACGAUCAAAUUGACAAGAUACGAACAUAUCAAACCAAUGUAAAUAAUUCACGAAUAUUAUUGAAUGAAGUAGACAGAGUGAAUCAAAGAAUAAAAUAUAUAUUUAGAAAUUUGUUAAGAUCUACAGCAGACUAUUUGAUAUCACCUAACCCUUGAUUUUUGUUUUUGUGAACUAUGUAUAGAUUGUAUUAUUUAUUAGGAAGAGAACAAGAAGAGAGUAAUAUUUUCUUUAAAAUGAAUUGUUUCUAA